AUGUCGGUUUUCACAUUCUCACUUGCUCACUCACUGCCCACAGACCACAGAUCAUGGGCCAUAAUCAACAGCCCACCCAAUGCACCCAUUUAUAACUCGUCGCACAAUCUCUGUCGCGGGCGGAGAAUAUUUUGGCAGAGCCCCGUCACAGGCGCCGGGGCUAGUGUUGUGUUCAAGGCGCCGGGCUCAGAAGUCCCCGAAGGCGUCUAUGCUGUUUUCGUCCACUUGGAUCGACUCCAGCGCAGGCAUUCCCUCAACUCCGCUCGAGUCAGGGUCCCACACUCGCGGAGUCUAGAUCGCGGGCACCACACGGCAAGUCCCUCUCUGAUGUCUCCCCCUUGGUCGGCACCAUGGAAAGAGGUCUUUGCUUUCUUUGUCCGUCGGAAGAGGACACGGACAAGACACGGGGAGUCGGGGACGCGUCCAGACAACCGGCUGCUCCUUACCCGAUACAGUCGAGUCCCAAUGGCAAUUGUCAUUCCUCGCCUGCCGUGCCGAGACGGCCCCGGUGUUCGCGAUGACGGAUCCGACAGUACACAAGGCAUCGGCAGACGGCAAUGCUGCUUGCUUCCUUGGUCCUGGGCCGCGGUCAGCAGAACGUACCAACAUGUAUGCAAGAAUAAGGUACCCCACGCAUCCGGGCUCACAUCUGCAACUUCUGGUCUCGCUCGCGAUUGGAUUUUGGUGAUUCGGAUGUGCAGUAACCAGUUUUGGAGGUGCUGGGUUCUGGCGGUGUUUCUGCAGAUGCCAAUGCAACCGUAA